AUGAAUAACGUUAAUCCACCUGUUCACAAAACAUCCAAACUUGCUAACAAAACCUUAGUUUUUGAUUUUGAAGGCACUCUUCUAAGAUCCACUUCACUCUUUCCUUACUUCAUGCUAGUUUCUUUUGAAGCUGGUGGAAUAGUAAGAUCUCUCAUCUUGUUUCUUUCAUACCCUUUGGUAUGGCUAGUUGGUGAGUAUCAACUAGGUUUAAAGAUUAUGGUUUUCUUAACAUUCUUUGGCAUAAGGAAAGAUUCAUUCAGAAUUGGUACAUCUGUUCUUCCAAAAUUCUUCUUGGAAGAUGUUGGGUUGGAGGGGUUUGAAGCUGUGAUGUGCUGUGAGAGAAAAGUUGCUUCUAGUAAGUUGCCAAGAAUCAUGGUUCAAGGUUUGUUGAAAGACUAUUUAGGUGUUGAAGCUGUUGUAGCAAGAGAGAUAAAAUCUUGUAAUGGUUACUUUUUGGGAGUGUUUGAGAAAGAUAAAAAGACAAUUUCGUAUGAUGUUAAAGCAACAUGCAUUGACAAUAGUAUUGGAAUUAUUGGUAGCCAUGUUGAGUAUAUUGACCAGAAACUUUUCCCUCAUUACAAGAAGGUUUGCUUUAAGCUAAGUUCUGAUGAGAGGAGAAACUGGAGAGAGCUGCCAAGAAAAUUGUAUCCUAAGCCAUUGAUUUUCCAUGAUGGAAGAUUGGCUUUGAAACCAACUCUAACAUCUUCAUUCAUCAUGUUCAUGUGGUUACCACUUGGAAUAUUACUUUCCAUUUUCAGAGUCACAUUUGGAGUUUCACUGCCUUUCAAUGCAUCAGCUCCAAUAUUAGCCUUCUCAGGCACAAGAACCACAGUUUCAAGACCUCAAACCUCGACCGAAACCGAGAAAAAUCGAAAGAACAUGCUUUACGUGUGCAAUCACAGAACUUUGCUUGAUCCACUUUACAUUUCACACACUAUAAACAAACGACUCUCAGCUGUAACUUAUAGCAUGAGCAGAUUCAACGAGGUUAUUUCCCCGAUUAAGACGACACGGUUAACGCGCGAUCGAGAUAGAGACAGGAAAUCAAUGGAGAAAAUGCUUAAUGAAGGAAACCUUGUAGUGUGUCCAGAAGGAACAACAUGUAGAGAGCCUUAUUUGUUAAGGUUUAGUCCUUUGUUUGCUGAACUGACUGAUGAUAUUGUCCCUGUUGCUGUUGAUGUUAAGGGUAGUAUGUUUUAUGGAACAACAGCUAGUGGACAUAAAUGUUUGGAUCCAUUUUUUCAUUACUUGAAUCCGAAUCCGGUUUAUUUUGUUAACAUUCUUGAGAGGAUACCAUCAUCACAAACAUGUCAGGAGGGUGGAAAAUCUUGUGUUGAAGUUGCUAAUUUUGUGCAGAAUGAAAUUGGAAAGAGAUUGGGAUUUUGUUGCACUGAUUUGACUAGGAAAGACAAGUAUAUGACUUUGGCAGGUAAUGAAGGUGUGUAA